AUGGGUGUACCAGCUGGAAAUGCUGAAAACGGAAAGAAAAUCUUUGUCCAGAGAUGUGCGCAGUGUCACACUGUUGAAUCAGGUGGCAAGCACAAAGUAGGCCCCAACCUCCAUGGCUUCUACGGCCGCAAGACUGGUCAGGCUCCUGGGUUCGCAUACUCAGAUGCCAACAAAUCCAAAGGUAUCACAUGGAAUGACGAUACCCUCUUUGAAUACCUCGAGAACCCCAAGAAGUACAUCCCUGGAACCAAGAUGGUGUUCGCCGGUUUAAAGAAGGCCAAUGAACGAGCAGACCUGAUUGCCUAUCUUAAAUCUUCAACCAAGUGA